UUGAUGAUUAGGCGCCGCGAGAAGACAGGGCAGAUAUUACUGACAUUCGAAAGCAAGGCGGAUUCAGUUUGGUUUACUAUACACAAACAUCAGUGUUUGACAGACUACUACACUAGGUUCUACAGCGCAAGACAGAUAUUAUAUGCAAAGUCCAAGAUGUCCGAAUAUCAUCGCAAAGUCGUCCAUACCAGUAGAUCACGCACACGGAGCUCGAGCUUACAGUAGUCCAGUUCAUCCCAGAAAUUCGUCCACAGCGUCAAUCAGCCUCUCCCAGAACACCCCCGCGUCCUCCCCAAAACCGUUCACAUCAUACCCAAGACUGAUCCACAGCUUCCCGACGAACGUAUACCCGAA